AUGCCCCUGCUGGCCAGCGCCAUGGGCCUGGCAGGCCUGCUCUUCUGGGCAGGCCAGACAGUGAAUGCCUUGAAGAUGCCCAAUGCUACCCUGCCCCUGGCCCGGCCCGAGAGCACAGCCUUGCGGUCCCUGAGUGGCCUAGGAGUGCCCCGGUACCGCCGGAAGCGUCACAUCUCUGCCCGGGACAUGAGUGCCUUAUUGGAGUAUCACAACCACAUCCGGGCCAGCGUGCACCCACCUGCUGCCAACAUGGAGUACAUGGUCUGGGACGAGCGGCUGGCCCGGUCUGCUGAGGCCUGGGCCACCCGGUGCAUCUGGGCCCACGGGCCCUCACAGCUGAUGAGAUACGUGGGCCAGAACCUCUCCAUCCAUUCUGGCCGGUACCGCUCGGUGGUCGAUCUCAUGAAGUCUUGGUCUGAGGAGAAGCAGCACUUGUUUCCUGCCCUGAAGGACUGUGACCCGCACUGCCCCUGGCACUGCCGCGGCUCUGCCUGCUCCCACUACACCCAGAUGGUGUGGGCAUCCUCCAGUCGGCUGGGCUGCGCCAUCCACACCUGUAGCAGAAUCAAUGUGUGGGGCAGCACCUGGCAUCAGGCAGUAUACCUGGUCUGCAACUAUGCCAUCAAGGGCAACUGGAUCGGCGAGGCCCCGUACAAGAUGGGGAGGCCGUGUUCUGCCUGUCCCCCCAGCUACCGAGGCAUCUGCAAUAGCAACAUGUGCUUCUCUGGGCCAAAAUCCAACAGGUUCCUCUGGUUCUGA